GCUGCAGAAGGAGGUCAGGCUGGCGCAGAAAGCAGACUACUCAGCACAGCGAGCGGCCAGCCCCAUGCCCUAUGACAAGAUCUCGCCCGGGGACAAGACGCUGGCUCAGAGCGCCCAGAUGUACCACUACCAGCACCAAAAGCAGCAGAUGCUCUCCAUGGAGAAGCAUAAAGAGGAGCCCAAGGUGCCAGACUCGGCAUCAUCCGAUGAGGAGAAUGAGGAUGGAGACUUCACUGUGUACGAGUGCCCCGGGCUGGCUCCG